AGCCAGUACGAGCCAAGAAGAAGGCGGUCGCAGGAACAGUUAGACUGAGUGUCCGAGCUCGGGUCUGAGAGUGGGGUUGCAUCCGAGGCUGGAUCCCGGUCCGGUUAGUGUGAACGAGCGGACGGCGUCAGUCGCGAUGACUCUGAACGGCGGCAGCAGCGGAGCGGGCGGCAGCCGCGGCGGCGGCCGGGAGCGCGAGCGCCGUCGGGGCAGCACGCCCUGGGGCCCCGCGCCGCCGCUGCACCGCCGGAGCAUGCCGGUGGACGAGCGGGACCUGCAGGCGGCGCUGGCGCCCAGCGCUCUGGCAGCCACUGCAGCCGGCACCACGACCCAGGGUCCGAGGCUGGACUGGCCUGAGGGUUCUUCGGACUCGCUCAGCUCAGGGGGCAGCGGCUCCGACGACAGUAUGUACAAGGUGCUGCUGCUGGGGGCGCCCGGCGUGGGCAAGAGCGCUCUGGCGCGCAUCUUCGGCGGUGUGGAAGACGGGCCUGAAGUAGAGGCUGCAGGGCACACCUACGAUCGCUCCAUCACCGUAGACGGAGAAGAGGCAUCGCUCAUUGUCUAUGACAUUUGGGAGCAGGAUGGGGGCCACUGGCUGCCCAGCCACUGCAUGGCCAUGGGAGAUGCCUACGUCAUCGUGUACUCAGUGACUGACAAGGGCAGCUUUGAGAAGGCUUCGGAGCUGCGGGUCCAGCUGCGGCGGGCACGGCAGACAGACGAUGUGCCCAUCAUCCUUGUGGGCAACAAGAGCGAUCUGGUGCGCUCACGGGAGGUCUCUGUGGAUGAGGGCAGAGCCUGCGCUGUGGUCUUUGACUGCAAGUUCAUCGAGACAUCAGCGGCAUUGCAUCACAACGUCCAGGCACUAUUUGAGGGCAUCGUGCGUCAGAUCCGGCUGCGCAGGGACAGCAAGGAGGCCAACGCCCGGAGGCAGGCGGGCACUCGGCGGCGGGAGAGCCUCGGCAAGAAGGCUAAGCGCUUCCUGGGCCGCAUCGUGGCACGCAACAGCCGCAAGAUGGCCUUCCGUGCCAAGUCCAAGUCCUGCCAUGACCUCUCAGUUCUCUAGGUACCCUGAGCUCUCACUGCAGUGGGCAGAUGGAUGGACAGUUUGGGUAGGCUGGCCCAGCCAGCCACCCUAAAUGCCUCAGGACUGGCUGAGAUUCUAGACCCCCACACCCCACCCUGGAC